CGGCCGCGGGAAGAGUGCCGGCGGCGCAAUGCGGCCCCUGGACGACCCUGGGGCCGCGGAGCUGCAGGAGCCCAGGCUUCCACUGACAGACAUCACGCCGCCGGCCGCGAGCGAGGAGCUGGCAGCCGCCGAGGCAGUGGAAACCCCCGGCCCCGGCUCGUGCUGGCUUUGCCGCUCCUCGCCGUGCGGCUCGCGCGCGCAGCCCGAAGCCAAGAAGAAAGCACCCUGUCCUGGACUUGGCUUGUUUUACACAUUAUUGUCUGCCUUCCUUUUCUCAGUGGGCUCUUUAUUUGUUAAAAAAGUACAAGACAUCCAUGCUGUAGAAAUUAGUGCAUUCCGAUGUGUGUUCCAAAUGUUAGUCGUUAUCCCUUGCUUAAUAUACAGAAAAAGUGGGUUUAUAGGCCCAAAAGAUCAACGAAUCUUCCUCGUUCUCAGAGGCACCCUCGGUUCUAUUGCCAUGAUCCUUUUAUACUACGCUUUCCAGACAACAUCCCUCGCUGAUGCCACUGUGAUCUCCUUUAGCUGUCCAGUGUUUACGUCUAUAUUUGCUUGCAUAUUUCUCAAGGAAAAAUAUGGCCUUUGGGAUGCUCUCUUCACCGCAUUCACCAUCAUCGGAGUGAUCUUCAUCGUGAGGCCACCGUUUUUGUUUGGUUCCAACGCUUCAAGGAUGAGUGAAAGCUAUUCGGAUCACCUGAAGGGCACCUUUGCAUCAGUUGGACAUGCUGUGUUUGCUGCCUUGACUCUAGUUAUCCUUAGAAAAAUGGGGAAAUCUGUGGAUUACUUUUUGACCAUUUGGUAUUAUGUAGUGGUUGGCCUCAUGGUGAGCACCAUCAUCCUCUUUAUAUUAGGAGAGUGGAGUCUGCCAUACUGUGGGUUGGACAGGCUCUUUCUCAUGCUAAUAGGGCUGUUUGGUUUGGGAGGUCAGGUGUUUCUCACAAAGGCCAUUCAAAUAGAAAAAGCAGGGCUAGUAGCACUAAUGAGGACUAUGGAUGUGGUUUUUGCUUUUAUCUUUCAGAUUAUUUUCCUCAAUGAUGUACCAACGUGGUGGACGGUGGGUGGUGCACUCUUUGUAGUAGCGAGUAGUACUGGAGCAGCCAUUCGUAAAUGGUGCCAGAGUUCCAAAUGAAGCAUCAUUUCAGAAAUGUGUAUUUUUUUACAAACACACUAUCACCCAGUUCAGACAUACCACACAUGCACACACUUGGAAAAUCUGUGUUUACUUAAUUGAUUAUAUUUAAUAAAUUUCAUAGCUAAAAUACCAUUUUUGAAUAUGGUAUGUCUGUCUUUUUUUUUUUAAAUCCUCACCUGAGGAUAUAUUUAUUAUUUUAGAGAGGAAGGGAGAGAGAGAAACAUCGAUUAGUUGCCUCCUGUUGGUGCCACAACUGGGAAUCAUACCCGUAACCUAGGUAUGUGCCCUGACCGGGAAUUGAACCCACAACCUUUUUGUGUAGGGGAUGAUGCUCCAACCAGCUGAGGCUAGGGCUGAAUAUGGUGUGUCUUUAGUUAGUCAAUUUGGUCUGUCAAUUAUUUUGGUUUUGGUUUUGGUUUGUUUUCUAUUGGGGUGGCUUGGUAAGAGGACAGCUCAUUAGUUAAAGAAACACUGCAAAAAUUGUUAUGACUCUAGUAUAAAUGUAUGUACAUUUUUAAAGUGUAUUUUUGGUAAUGAUGGAAUAUAGGUUAGGAGGAAAUUUUUGAUGUUCUUUUAGCAGUGUAGAGGCUAAGAAACUUACUGGUAACAAUGCUGCUAUGAUUAGUGUUAUGUUGAAAAUUCAUUUGAAACGUAAUUCCAUUUAGGAGGCCAAAGCUGGAACUUGGUAUAGGUGCCUACUUAAUGGUGUUAAUAAUACAAAUAAAUUAGCCUUAUUUUCAAGGCUUUUAAAGAUUAUCAUUCUUUUAACCCAUAUCUGUGCCUUUUCGUUUUAAUGCCAGAAUUUUUAUAUGUAAACUUUUUGAAAAGUCUUUAAAUCACCAAAUUUGACCGGUAGUUUCUCUUUUAGUUGCACUAGCAACUGUAAUUAUCAUUCUAUAAUUUUAAUUGUCUUCUGAUUUUUUGUUUUUGAAACCACACUGAGUGUUUUUAAAUCACAAGAGAGAAAUCUUGGCAUGGCCAACGUGCACAUUUCCAUCCUAAAGUGUUUUCCUCGUUAGAAAUGUGAUUUUCUAUAAAUUCCCUUUGAAUUUAUAGUGUGAUGCCAAAUAAAAUUUCCUCAGGAUUUUAUUAGAUUGAACCAUUUGAAAUUACUAAGAUUUUACCUUUUUAACUUACAAAAACCAUAGUUUCUUAUGGUUCACCCUAAAUAGAUACCUCCCUUACUCUCUAAGCCACAUACUUAGAGGACUUCAGAAUAUAUAUUUUUAAAACAACUUUUUAUAAAGUGCAGUAAUCCUAUUAAACUUAUUUUUAUGGUCUUUUUGCCUUAUGGAAUUAUAUGUAAUAAUGCUUCAUAUUAUAUGUUACAUGUAAAGACCUGUGAAUUCCAUGGUUGGUUUACUUUUGUAGUUUCUUGAAUAGAAAAAAAAAAAAAAUCACUGUUAAAUUCUAGUAUAUCAGUAUGAUAUUAAAUGUCAGUGUUGCACCAUGAUAUUAACAUCAUGAAUUCAAAUGACAAAUUUUAUAUAUGGACUUCAUCACACCAAUAUUCUGCUGUUACAGAGAGAAUCGAAUAUUUAGGAAAGCUUGGGAAUUUAAUCAGAAAGGGGGAAUACAUGCAAAGGAUUUUUUGUCACAAUGAACCCUUUGUUGCUGAAGCUAUAAUGGUCUCCAACUCUUUGUCAGACCUAACAUCUAUUAUUUUAAACCUGCAGAUUUGAAAGAUUAUAGGUUCUUUCCUACCCUUUCAUCACAGUUCUUCCAAAGUAAGAAGGAUCUUGGCUUCUCAGGUUUAUGCCUUAGUAAGAAAGGAUCUUCUCCAAUAGUUCCAAGAGGGAAUUUUUGGCUCACUGAUUGUUCCAAAUGUUCCCCUAGAAAAUCCUAAAUGAAAUCUAUUUAGGGGAGUCACACUAUCAUAACUUUAGCUUAAUUCACAAUAUUGGCAUUUAGACCUGCAAAAGCAUAAUUUUGCAAGUAUCUUAGAUAAUUAUAGAAUCAGAGCAUAUCUUAGAUAAUUAUAGAAUCAGAGCUCAAGGGUUAGAAAUCCUCUCGUAGGAGCCACACUACAUAGAUAGGGAUGUUAAGGAGGGGACCUGCCCGAGAUGGGUUUCCAUGGCCUUACCCCCCCCCCAACCCUUUAGUUCCAUGAUAAAGUAUGAAACGUAAACCACUGCUUGACCUACCUAAGGUAAAUGAACUCUCAGGGACCCUCUCUGGGUUCUUGACCUUGCACAAUAAAAUAACCUAUGGGGCCUUGAAAGUCAAAUCCCUUUGGUCCUGGAAACUAGAGACGUUUUAUGUCAACAGUGUGGUUUAAGUACUUGAAUAUCACACUAUAUGACCAAGGUUGGAGAAAAUGUUUCUUCUCCCAACUUUUACAGUGUGAUUCUUAAACACUUUUAUAAUGUCCAAGGUAUAAUAAUUAUGGGUGUAUAUUUUUCUGCAAAGACUGUAGUUUCUCAUCUUGAAAAGGGAAAUACUGUCAUAAAUUGUUUUUAUUUUAUAAGU